CCUCUGGGCGUCGACUUUCAAAAUUUCAGUUGCGCUCCGAUGGAUUGCCGAACUUCGGCGGCGGCUACGGCGGGGGCUUUCGUCUCACCUUAUGAUCAUCUUUUUCAUGCGCUCUCCUUAAUUCCGUUCUCUCACUAUUUCUUAGCGGCAUUCUUGAUGUUUCUCACUUUUCUGUACAAUUUCUUGGAGAUUCAUUUCCUUCAUGAUUUGCUCACCGGAUUUAAAGGCGAUCCGGUGGUGUUGACCUACAAUUCCUGCUCCGAUCUUUACCAGUUAGUGGCCGCAAAGUGUCGGCUCCUCCAUGGAAGGUACUGUCCUACUCCAUGGAUUUCUAGUCCUCAUCUCCAGACUGCUUUCCUUAGCUUUUUUGGGAGAGCUCCUCAAGUUACCUACAGACGACAUCUCUUCUGUACGCCUGAUGGUGGAACAAUUGCUUUGGACUGGCUGUUACAUUCAGAUGUUGUGGAUGGUGCCUCCCAAAUGACUGAUGCUGCUCUAAAAGAUGAUAGGACUCCAGUUUUGAUUGUGAUCCCUGGCUUAACUAGUGAUUCUGCUUCUUCUUAUGUCAAGCAUCUAGCGUUCAGGAUGGCAAGACGGGGUUGGGAUGUUGUUGUGAGUAAUCAUCGUGGACUUGGAGGUGUAUCAAUAACUUCUGGUUGCUUUUAUAAUGGUGGAUGGACAGAAGAUAUACGGAAAGUUGUUGAACAUAUACAUUGUCAACAUCCAGAAGCUCCUAUAUUUGCUGUUGGAACAAGCCUUGGUGCCAACAUUCUGGUAAAAUAUCUUGGAGAAGAUGGGGCUAAUGUUCCUCUUGUUGGAGCUGCUGCUGUCUGCUCUCCCUGGGACCUUUUGAUAUGUGACAGGUUCCUUAACCGCAAGCUUGUGCAGAAGGUUUAUAACAGAAUUUUGACGGUUGGCCUACAAGGUUAUGCACAAUUGCAUCAGUCAAUCAUGUCUUGCUUUGUAGAUUGGGAAGGCCUUCAAAAGUCAAACUCUGUUCGGGAAUUUGACAACCAUUCCACCCGCAUUCUUGCUAAAUGUGAGACUGUAGAUACAUAUUAUAGGCGUGCAAGUAGUGUUCCCUAUGUGCAAAAUGUAUCAGUGCCUCUCCUUUGCAUCAGUGCUUUGGAUGAUCCUGUGGCCACAAGGGAAGCUAUUCCAUGGGAUGAAUGUAGGGCAAAUAAGAACAUCAUCCUAGCUACUACAACACAUGGGGGACAUCUUGGUUUCUACGAAGGGCUGACUGCAGCGAGUGUGUGGUGGGUGAGAGCUGUUGAUGAAUUCUUCAGUGUUCUUCUUUCUAGCCCAGUUAUGAACAGGAGAAACAAGGAGCAAAGUUCUUCUACCUUGCCCGUAAUGGAAUCAUUAAUCGAUCAGGAGCCUUUUAUGACCGUCAAGGAAGAUGCAAUGGUGACCACAGCAGGCAAUGAACCAAGAGACACCGCACAAGAAGACAUUGAUACUGAGCAUUUAGUUCAGCAUGGAAAGGAUGAAGACACUGUUUUUGAUGAAGGAACAAGACAUGGCUCCGAACACAAAACACCCUUGGAGAAUGACCUCAUGCAGCAACCAGAACAAAGUACAGAGGAUAUGAUUGUUCCUAUUGGAAGACGCAUUGAUCAGCUUGCCCGACAGAGUAGGCAAUCAAUCUGGCUGCUUGCAUAUAUUGCCAUCGCAACAACUUGGCCACUGCUUGGUCCCGCUCUUUUGGUCCUCAAGAGAAGGUUGAAAAACAGAGGACUGGCAAGAUUCUUUAGGCAGUAGAACUUACUCUAAUUGCAACAAUUCUGAUCAUAAGAUACUGUAUUUGGAUCAGCAGUCCCCUUAAUUACCUGGAUGUUAUGGCGCAGAUCUUGAAAUGCCUAAAAUGAAUUUUCCUAGAAAGAAACAGCUUUUGACUUUUGAGGAUAACUAAUAAUGAGGUGGUGUAAAAUUAAUAGUCACUUUUAGA